AUGCGCGGCUCGUCCGUUUUCGGGCUCAGGCAGCAUAUCGAUCGUCAUGCUGCCCCUGCUGACUCACCAGCUCGCGUCUUGUUACUCGUUCGAACACUUUCGACGUGCUCUGAUCUUGCUCAAUGCGUUCAAAGUCUCUUGCUAGGCCUGGAUGGACCGGACGCAGAGGAAGGACUGGGCACUCGAUACCUACCUUCUCUUCUCAGGAAACUUAAACUCCUAUUCGAAAGUGGUAAACUUCAAAAAUUGAACGAAUUAGUUUGGUGCGCGCGGGGCGAAACAGGCUGGGCACUUCCCGAUUCAGUAAACUCGUUACCUCGACUAACGCGGUUUUCAACUACGGCCUCUAGCGCUUCACUCGUUUCGUUCCUUACCACACACCCGUCUAUCAGUCACCUCACACUUCAUUCUCACGGACUUGCUCUGAGACUUCCGGCUAAUGCACUCCCGCGACUGACUCAUCUCGCGUGUGCCGCUCCCGCUCUGAGCAGCCUCCCAGUACGAAAGCUGAAACACGUAAUCCUCACAGACGCGCCCUUUAUUCCACUCCUCGGGGACAAAGUCCUAAGUGCUCUAGGAGGAGACCAAAGUCACCGAGAGUUUGGGCGUGGGUGGCGAGACGCGUCGCCCGCUCCAGACCAUAUCGAAUCUCUCCGGUCCGUCACGCUGCGGCUCGGCCACGUAAUCAUCUCGCCCACCCAAGCGCCGCUUAUUCUGGAACCGUUUGCGCGACACGUCCCGGCGUUGAAGAAGCUUGGAAUCGUCGCUGGGCCGAGCUUCUUUACAACCGCGGUUUUGGAAUCCUUGACCCCGGUGCUCGAGGGGUUUACCGAGUUGAAAACCAUUCGUAUGGAGUGCAAUGCUGAGGCUCGUGGUCCGUUGUUGGGAGGCUCGCCGAUUGGCGAGUGUGCUUCUCUGGAUGGGGGGUGCUCUUUCGAUGGAAGCAGUACUCCUUCUGAAGGAACGAUCUCUGUGACGGACGGAUAUAAUCCGCUUGGUGAAGGCACAUGUCUCCCCUCGGUAGAAGAGACUAGAGUCAUUAUUAGAGCGUGGAAAGAUGCGUGUCCAGGUCUAGAGAAUGUUCGAUUACCUUGGUGGAUCUCGGAGCGGGCUCGCGUGACCCGAUAG